ACUAGUUUCUUCACCACAUGGGCAUUUCUGCCGGGGUCGUGCUGAAGUGUCGGUGACACGGGGCCGCCCUGUGUUCCAGAACCACUGACGUUUUCUAUGGCGUGCGGCACGACGAUGGUGCCUCCAUGAUGAGGACACGUCGGAUGGAUUGGACCUUGCCGCUCUUCCCGAGCAUGCACUGGCGAACGAGCAGUACGAGCUCAUCAGUGCGAAUUCUCCAGCGUCCAGCGAGGAAUCGACUCGCUCACGGCCUCACUUGUGAUAGCCUCCUUGAGUGACCAUGGCGGGCGGCAGUCGCUUCACUGUGAACCCGUUCCCGGACUUGGUCCUGACCACGGAGGACCGAGAGCAGCUCAUCGAAAUCGCUCAGGAGCUGGUCAUGGCCAAAUUCGCAGAGUACCAAGAGCACAUCAACAACCAGAAAUACGUCGACCAAACCCGCUGGAAAAAGUACCAGAAGGAUGGCAACACAAUGAUGUAUCUAGAGCGCAAGAAGUCCAACCCAGAGUCCAAACUUCCAGCUUUGCUUAUGGUCGGCCCGCUGCCUGGUUCCCUGGACGAAAACAUGUUUGGACUCGUGAGCCCGACUCUCGAGUCGAUGCGGAUCAAGUCGUCGUAUCUAAGGGACUUUAACGCCGCGGCCGUGCUGGCUACAAUCGUGGAGCCGACUGUGGAGGAACCGUUCCGUUCGGUCGUAGUCAAGUGGAUGGAGAUCGAUAUUCCAGGCGCGUCAAUCGGAUUUGUUCGGAAUCGGGACUACAUCUACCUCGAGAGCACGGGUAUCAUGCGUCUCGAUAAUGGAGAACGCGUAGGCUAUCACUUGCUGCACUCGGUGAGCUUCCCACAGACUCACGACCUGCCAAACCGCAUACGUGGCAACAUGUCGUUCUGUGGAAUGUUCCAUCAAGAAGCACCAGACAAAACAGACUGCCGGGGUACCGGCGUCAUGGACCCUGGAGGUGAUAUGAUCCGUGUUCUUGGCGUUAUGGGUAUGGCCCAAGCCACUAUGGCAGGACUCAAGUAUUCGUAUUGCGGUCAGAUGAAGAAGCUCGCGUGGCUUCUUGAGCAGAAGCACGCGGAAGCCAGGGAACAUGGCACUCCGGCGUUCAAACCCGAGUGUGUGACCUGCCAAAAGAAGGUGAAAGAGCGUAAGUUCGGCAGGUCUAGCAGUACGUGCAAGCUGUGCUUUGGUGCCGUGUGUGCGUCGUGCAAGAUCCCUAAGAAAUUGAGCUUCAUCGCCCCAGACCUGGAGAUGGUGCAGCGCAAGGUGACGUUCUGUGCGAAGUGUCUGAUCGAAGCGACUCACAUGGACACGGAGGAAGCUGCGCGCGUACAGUUCGUGUACAAGCACACGGUGACAUCGAGCGUCUACGGGUCGUCGGGUAGGUAUUCGGACGAAAGUACACGCUCAGAUAGCACGAUGUUUUCGUACACAUAGCACGUAGUCGAGUGAGUCCGUACAUUCUGAUGUGAUGGUUUUCUCAUGUAGCUUUCAUUUAUAAAGAUUUUUGCAUACAUGUAGUUGUUUUCGCGUUCGGCUGUUG